AUGAGUUAUGUAUCAGAAAUUGAAAACUUAUGUAGACAGUUAAAUAAACAAAUGAGUGAAGAAGAUAUAUGUACUUAUAUUUUAAGAGGACUAAAAGAAUCAGUAUUGCAUGCUAUUUCGUUACAUGAUAAUAGUAGUUUGAAAAAUUUAAAAGAUAACUUGAAAAAGUUUGAGUUAAUGCAGUUUAGAAUAAACAAUAGAGGAGCCGCUGGUAUCAGUGAAUACACAGGCAUUAUAAAUAGACAGGUAUCUCAACUAGAUAAAUAUUCAAAAGAAAGAGAACUUGAGGUUCAAGAUUUAAGGAGACAGUUAGAUAGAAGAGAUAGGGACUAUAAAAGAGAAAUAGAACGACUUAGCGAUGAGAUAAAAAAUAUUCAAGUUUUAGGUAAUAAUUCUAACAGGUCAGUAUAUUUUGAAGAUUGUAAAAAUAAUAGUUAUAGUAAGUAUAACAGAGACAAGAGCUAUGAGCGAAAUAGAGAAUACGCAGACUAUAGACCUAAUUAUAGAGACAAAAGCCCAUACCCUAGAAAGAAUUACGGUAGUAGAGAACCAAGUUUAGAAAGAAGGUACGAUAGAUACAGUAGAGAUAGAUCAUUUUCUAAGGAAAGAAAUGAUAGUAACAAGAAAUUCAGAGAUUUUAGUAAUGAUAGAAAUGAGUACAAUCGCUAUUCUAAACGUGAGGACUACGAUAGACAGUCUUAUAGAUCACCAUAUAAUAGAGAUAACAGCAGAGAGAGACGGUCAAGGUCUAGAACACCAGAAUUUCGUAGGUAUGAAAAUAACGAUCAAAUGAUUGGUUUACGUAAGGUCACUUGUUUUAAGUGUAAAGAGGUAGGUCAUUAUGCCGACAAGUGUACCGUUCAAAAAAACGUAUAA